GGGGGGAUCUCAGGGAGGGUAAAUAAUCUGCGAACAGCCGCCAAGAAUAGAAACGGUUCACGGAAUGCCUGCUUGAAACUGAAGAAACUCCGCGUGCAAAUUGUGCCACGAGCUCGCGGAAGUUGGUGUUUUUCUGGCGUCCCGGGAGCUAGCCGGCUGGCCCUGUUAGCUUGUUAGCGACGACGGUGCGCGUUGUUUGGAAUGCUCGGCUACACCAUGCACGACUAGCCCAACUUCACAGGCAAGUUAGACAUGUUCCGGCCUGUAUCUUGACAUUGAAUAAAAGGGUUGGCACAUGUUGUCGCUGAUUUAGCGAACUCUUGUGACGUCAACAGUGGUGCGGGACGCGAGCUUUGAAUCCAGUGGGGUCGUUUCACACGCAACCAGCACUGAUACGCUCGCGGCAUUGGACCCGCGACCCGUCCUCCUCAUCGGACCCGGUUCACCGUCUUCUGCCGAGAUGGGCCCCCUUGUUCGGCUAGUGUGACGCGGGGGAACCAUCUGAACCAUGGGAGGAUGCGUGGGGCGAUACUGGGAAGGCUGGGAGGACGCACAGAGCCGCGGCUCGUCCAGGAACGGCGGACGAGGAGCGCGCAACGAGCCCCUGAAGAAGGAGCGCCCCAAGUGGAAGAGCGACUACCCGAUGACGGAGGGCCAGCUGCGCAGCAAGCGCGACGAGUUCUGGGACACGGCGCCGGCCUUCGAGGGCCGCAAGGAGAUCUGGGACGCCUUGAAAGCGGCGGCCGUGGCCCUGGAGGGCAGCGACAACGACCUGGCGCAGGCCAUCGUGGACGGGGCCAACAUCACGCUGCCCCACGGAACUCUGGCAGAGUGCUACGACGAACUGGGGACCCGCUACCAGCUGCCCGUCUACUGCUUGGCGCCCCCCAUCAACCUCAUCUCAGAGCGCUGCGACGACGACCCCAGCGAGAGCUCCGAGCCUCCCGUGGCCCCCAAAAAGGAAUUCCAGCUCAAAGUCCGCCUGUCCACUGGCACGGACCUGCGCCUCAGCGCCAGCAUGGCCGACACCAUCGGGCUGCUGAAGAAGCAGCUGCAGGCCCAGGAGGACAUCGACGCCGCCCACCAGCGCUGGUUCUUCUCUGGGAAGCUGCUGCCGGACAAGACGCGGCUGCAGGACACCAAGAUCCAGAAGGACUUUGUCAUCCAGGUGAUCGUCAACCCGCAGGCCCUCCAAGGCCCCGAGGCGCCUGCCUCCUCCCCCACCGCCACAGACGGCGGCGCCGACACCCCCGCCUCCUCGCCGGAGUCUGAAUGACCGAGGACCCAGGACAGAGCGCAGGGCGCCCUCCUGCUGCUGGACAUCUCGUCCUUUAAGAGAUAUCGUACCGCAGAGGUACCAAACUACAGGGGGGACAAAGGUCUCAUGCCUCAUGGCGGGGGGGGGGUCACUCUUAAAGUGAAUCCAGUCAGUAACUCUGGAGAUCCUCGUCCCUCUCUUGAAUUAGAAGCAGAACUUCUUGUCAUGCAGCCUUUUUUGACCUAAAUGCACGUCGUGCUGCACACGCAGACUCUGCCUCUGCCCCCCCCCCCC